UCUCUCUCUCUCUCUCCCCCUUCUCUCUUCCACAUUGUGACACUCCCCCGGUGAGCGUGGCAGAGCGAGAGCUGGUCCCCUUACGCCCGUGGUUGUGAGGAAACAGAGCAGACUUCUCAAACCCGCUGAGGAACGCCGGCACCACAGAGACCAUAGAGAGCAACGACCAGGAUGCGCUGGGAUGCCGACGCCUGGAGUCAACUCUGAGCCAAGAUUGACUGAGCAUUCUGAAUCUGGACGUCAAGAACGGGAAGGACAGUGGUGAGGUGAGGUGAGCGGGUUGGAUCCUUGGGGAUGGGAGAAUGAUUGCCGGAUUCAGCGCCAUAAACGGACACAUUAGCGGCCAGUGCCGAGUCGUGGGCUCGGGCGGGCUGCUGGCCGCACCGCAGGUCGCCACUCAGGCCAGUCGGGAGAUGGGCGUGACCCCUGACCUGUGUCUGCAUUUUCAGGGUCAGCACUUCAAAGGGCAUCCUCAGUCUACAUGUAUGGCGGUGGGUGGAAUCGCCGCCUGCAUUAAACCUGCACUACCACCACCACCCCCUGCGCUGCCACCACAACCACUGUCAGCACCGGCUCUGCCCCUGUCGCAGUCUACGCCUGUGCCCCCUGCUGCGCCCCCCAAACCGGGGCAGGGGGGCUUCAAGAAGGUGUGCCGCAUGGAGGAGGCGUCUCCGUGCCCAUUCCCGGGGCUGGCCGCCGGCGUGCUCCACAUGCGGGUAAAGGAGGGCAGCAAGAUUCGGAACCUCAUGGGCUUCGCCAUGGCCCGCAUGCAGGGGCCGACCGGGACCGAAACCGCGCCAGGGCUCUGUGGCGGAACCGGGAGCUCAGCGUCCGCCGGAUCAGCCGUGUCCGCUGCCGGCUCCGCGGGCCUGAGACAGGUGGUGUUCUCCGGGUCUGGCCGAGCCGUCACCAAGACCAUCACGUGCGCGGAGAUCAUGAAACGCAAGCUGGGCGGACUUCACCAGCUCACCAAGCUCUGCUACAAGGGCGUGCGCGAAGUCUGGGAAAGCCAGGAGCCCGCUGCUGCUGCUGCUUGUGGCAGUGGUGCUGGCAACGGCACCUCCUCCGAGAUGACCGUGCAUCGGACCGUGCCGUCCAUCAGCAUCCUGCUCUCCAAGGACCCACUGGACCCCUGCGAGCCGGGCUACCAGCCCCCCGAGACGCUCAGCGCGCUGUGGGGAGAGCGGGAGGAGCAGGGGGGGGCCCCCUCCCAGGCGGUGACUAAGAGAGCCAUGCUGCUGGAGCCCCUGGUGCAGGCUGGCCAGCCUGUCGCUAAGAGGCUGUGUGUGAGGGCAGCGGUCCCGCUAUGCUGCCCUGCAGACUGAUGGAACAGGAUAAGAGGAAGAUGAGGGGCGGAGAAGAGCUAAAUGGCGAUCUCCCCCUACACACACACACACACACACACACAUUCACAUACACACAUACACACUGUACAGACACACACACACACACACACACACACACACACACACACACACACACACACACACACACACACAUUCACACCAUACAUACACACAUAUAUACAUGCAAAAACACAACACACAUACACGUGCAUACAUACACACACACACACAAACACACACGUUGCUGUUGCUGAGACAAUCACAGAGCCAGAAUACUGUUUUCUGAUGAUAACACAGCACCUGAGGCUAUGCCUAGAGAGAUGAGAACGGCUGGGGACAAAGAGCCUGCCUGAGAGCCUGAACGGUGUGUGUGUGUGUGUGUGUGUGUGUGUGUGUGUGUGUGUGUGUGUGUGUGUGUGUGUGUGUGUGUAAGAGAGAAAAACGAUGUGUGAGACAUGUCAGAGAGGAGGGUCACCUGGAAAUGGCUUUUUGCUUUUAGAGGGACCUUAAUGAUGUGCUGUGUCAGUGAAAUGGGGAUCUUGUCGCAAAACACUGUUUAAUGGAUUUUCAAACCUGCAGCACUGCACAAGACCUGUAAUUUUCUGACAUUCUUAGUGUUUCAUGUGCACGAAUGGUCACAAAUCAAUCCCCUGUACUUUUACCUGACUCGCUGAAAAAAUACAUGCAUGGGGUCGAAUUCAUUUGCCAUGAAGAUGAUUACUUAAUCCCAUUUCCUUGAUUUAAUUCUUCAUUCCUGCAGGCAUUUCAUUUUACCGACCAUACAUUAGAUUCUGUAAACACCGGGAUUUUUUUGUGUGUCAAAUUGCCUUGCUCAAACCUCAAUAAACAAGCUGAAUUCAAAAACACAAUAUAA